GCUUUGAUGUUUUUUCUACAGUGGCGUCCUUUCAAAAUUAUAAUUUAGGCAAUUAAUAAAACGCGUUUGCUUCUUUUUUAACUUGAUUUUAUAAUUAAAUAGUUAUGAUACAUUCUAAUGUUGUGUAUGAAGCAUGAUCGAAGAACAUUGCUCGCACUUGCUUGUUUUUUGUGUAUUGCAAAAGUGAUUUAUGGAUAAAACAUUAUGGAAAUUUGAGCUGGUGCCGGCGUGCGUCGGACCGCCUCGGCGCCCGCAGCGCCGUCAUGCGUAGUGCGGACGAACGCGCGAUUUCUCGCAGCGAUUCUUUUCCACCAGCCAACGUCCAGAAAACCGGACACGCUGUCUCGCCGAAAAGAAAUGCACGCAAAAUUACCACAACCACAUCACCACACUUCAAUUCAACAAACAUCUCCAACGAAAAAAGUGCUUUUAGCGACAAUCUUUCAAUAAAAAACAACUCCACAAAUGGAUUCUACGACGACCUUAGUAGGCGAGACAGCGGCAAAUUCAGUUUUAGCGAACCUCGAGCGACAGUUGUGUGUCUGAACGAUGAUGAUAAGCUGAAUUUUGAGAAAUCGAGGAAGUUGGGUAAUGGUCACUCUGAUGAUGGAUUGAAUAGAAAGCAGCGUUGUGGUGCAAAGACACCAUGGUGCCAUCUGGGACGUCUCGCUUUGGUGGCACUGUGUGUGGCUGCUAUUUGCGCAAUUGCGCCAUCUGCUCAUGCAAGACACGCGCAGCAGGCUGAAGCAGCUAAAAUCGCGGAGAAUGAGACGUCGUCGGCGGCUGUGGAUAAUAGUGGCCAAAUUAGGAUAGAAACUGGUUUAAAUCCCGGUCACCAUCGAAAUGGACAUCCAGGUGGUCAACGAAGAUCUAAAGAACUAAAGUCUGAAGAAAUUCGCCAAAGCAUUGAAAGCAGAAGCGGCGAAGUCGUCUCAAACGAAGAUGAGGUUGUUGGUCGAGGUCUUGUUUCAUCUUCGGCCGCUCUGGACACAAGUGGUUCCACACCAGACGUGGCGAGUGGUGAUGCUACAAAUUCAGGCGGAGAACUGAUUGCUGAUGAUGUAACCAGGAGAGACGUGACCAUAGACGACGUCAUCAAGGACGAAGUUAAGCCUUGGUGGAAGUUUGCUUCGACUGCUUGCGAUUCUUGGCGACCGCCGCAGCAUGUUUACUUUCAGGUAACUUUUCUUCUUUUGGUGCUAGCCAGUUGCGCCCCCGCAAGAGGUUCUCGCGGGUGCUUGUGGUUGAGAUUUAUGAUGAUUUCAAGUUCCGUAGCCCUGUCGGCAUGGGCGCUGCGAGGUGAUGAGUACAUGACGUUUCAUAAAAGCAGUAUAUUGUCCAAACGUCACCAGGAAACAACGACCAGCAGUCGCCACACUUUACCACUUUCGCAUUACCAGCAAUCGACGACUCCUGAAGGUUUUCACCACCGCCAUCGGGAGGACGGUGAUCGAUUCGAGUACCAGGGGCGGACGGACAACGGACGUCGUCGUGAGCAAUCGUGCAGGCCGGACGCUCUGCUGUGGGCCGCUGCUUUGGCCGCAGUCAAUGGUGCUCAUGUGGCCUUUGCCCUGUGCAGGGCAUUAAGGCCGAAGCGUUUUAGUGGUGAAUUAGAAGAGGUAUACCAAGCCCUGUUCAAGCCCCUAAAGGUAACAAGACACCAAUUCAAAAAAGUUUUAGGCUGCAUGAAAUUGAUCAGGUCGCUCAAAUAUCAGGAGGUGUACGCUCAGGAGAAGGUCACCAAAGUCGACAGCCUCUCUCUUGUAUUAUCUGGAAAAUUGGUCGUAUCCCAGAAUCAACGCGCCCUGCACAUUGUUUUUCCGCACCAGUUCCUGGACUCGCCAGAAUGGUUUGGUGUAUCGACUGAUGAAUAUUUUCAGGUGUCAAUAAUGUCAAUGGAGGAAUCUCGAGUAUUGAUCUGGCAUAGAGAUAAGUUGAGAUUAACUAUCAUCACGGAUCAGUUUCUGCAAGCAGUUUUUGAUCAUAUAUUGGGUAGAGAUGUUGUCAAAAAACUAAUGCAGAACUGCCAAUCGAUGGAAAACUGGCAUGCCAGUCAGUCGAGUUCUUCACUCAAGACCAAAACUUCAAAGAAAAGUCACAAAAAUGUGAGCGAAACCAUGGCUGUAAGCAAUGGUUAUAUUCCGAACAAUUUUGAUGACCAAUCCGAAGACAAGCCAAUGCUAAUUUUAAAGAAAAAUGGUGACGGUCACGGUAUUACUGCUCUGAUCAACAGACAACUACAAGAAGAGCAUGCCCCCUUGCUAAGUAGACUUUGUCCAACGAGCCCGCUUGUGAGACUGACUGUGAAUCCAAAUCAGAAUCUGAAUCUGACUCUGGACGAUUGCGACAGGACCUCAACUUUCGAAGCAUUCGACAAGGAUAACGAUCGAGGAUAUUGGUCCUAAAUUGGUUGAAAGAUUUAACGACAAAAUCAGCGACCGACCCGAACGCGUGGCGCCUGGGUCGUAUAGAGGAAACAGACCACG